AUGGCUGAUCAGGAGGUGGACUUGGACUCAAUCAUUGAUAGACUGCUGGAGGUGAGGGGCAGCCGUCCGGGCAAGCAAGUGCAGCUCCUGGAGUCGGAAAUCCGUUACCUCUGCACCAAAGCUCGCGAAAUCUUUAUCUCCCAGCCCAUCCUGUUGGAGCUGGAAGCGCCAAUCAAGAUUUGCGGUGAUAUCCACGGCCAAUACUACGACCUCCUACGCCUUUUUGAAUAUGGUGGUUUCCCACCAGAAGCCAAUUACCUGUUCCUUGGAGACUAUGUCGACCGCGGUAAGCAGUCGCUCGAGACGAUCUGUCUCCUUCUGGCCUACAAGAUCAAGUAUCCCGAGAACUUCUUCGUCUUGCGUGGAAACCACGAAUGUGCGUCCAUUAACCGCAUCUAUGGCUUCUACGAUGAGUGCAAGAGGAGGUAUAAUAUCAAACUCUGGAAAACUUUCACCGAUUGCUUCAACUGUCUACCCAUUGCCGCCAUCAUCGACGAAAAGAUUUUCACAAUGCACGGUGGUCUGAGCCCCGACUUGAACUCGAUGGAGCAAAUUCGUCGUGUCAUGCGCCCCACUGAUAUCCCCGACUGCGGUCUUCUUUGUGACCUUCUGUGGUCUGAUCCUGACAAAGAUAUCACGGGUUGGAGUGAAAACGAUCGCGGCGUGUCAUUCACAUUUGGCCCCGAUGUUGUAUCCCGUUUCCUUCAGAAGCACGACAUGGACUUGAUAUGUCGCGCCCACCAAGUUGUCGAGGACGGUUAUGAAUUCUUCUCCAAGAGGCAAUUGGUCACUCUUUUCAGUGCACCGAACUAUUGUGGGGAGUUUGACAACGCAGGCGCAAUGAUGAGUGUGGAUGAGAGCCUACUGUGUUCGUUCCAGAUCUUGAAGCCAGCAGAAAAGAAACAAAAGUACGUCUACGGGGGCAUGAGCUCAGGCAGGCCCAUCACUCCUCCGCGAAAGCAAAAGAAGAAGUAA